UAAUCGCUGUGGAAGGAGUCUAGUCUCUCCGCAGCUUCAGUCGUCGGAGCAACGGAAUUUUUCAGGCAACUGCAGAAUUUUCCAUUAGACUACAGUCAGCAUGCCACGACUUUUCAAUUCUCGGGUUGCUUUGGUGUUUCUUUUCAUUGGAAUUCCGGCGAUUGUUGGGCUGAAGGUGAAAUUCCUUAACGUGAUCUUCCGUCACGGGGAGAGGACUCCGCUGGGAAGUGGUACCGAAGUGUUUCCUACUAAUCCGUACUUGAAUGAGACCUUCCCCCCUUAUGGUCAGGGACAAUUGACCAAUCAAGGAAAACAACGCGUGUACGACCUUGGUGUUCACAUUCGUCAGCAAUACGAUGAAUUCCUGGGAGACAUAUAUCAUCCGAAGAUGGUACGCGCCCGCAGUUCGGAUUCAGACAGAACCAAAAUGUCUCUGCAAUUGGCCAUGGCAGGAGCUUUUCCUCCUUCGCCCUCGCAGCAGUGGAAUCCAAGCUUACUUUGGCAGCCAGUCGGCGUGAAUUACGUAUCAGGUCCGGAUGUUCUUGUGAUGUCCACCGAAUGCCCACAGUUUGCAGCUGAGUUUGAGAAAACGCUGCAGCUCCCUGAAGUCCAAGAAAAAAUUGCACAGUACAGCGAAUUGAGGAAAAAUCUUACAGUAUGGACAGGCAAGCCUAUAGUCCACACGAAGGACGUUGCGGGUAUUCACAACAGCCUGAAGGCGUUGAGUGCCAUGGGACUCGAACUUCCGGAGUGGACGAAGGGACUCUUCCCUGAAGGGCCACUGUUGAACGCCACUGUUUUGCAUUUCCGACUCUGCAGCUACACGAAAAGACUAAAAACUUUGAAUGGAGGAAUUAUGUUGAAGAACUUCACUGACACUAUGUCAUCUGUGAUAAAUGGAAGUGAGCCUGAUCUAAAACUGAAUCUCUUCAGCGCUCAUGAUUACAACAUCGCGUCGCUUCUAGAUGUUUUUGAUGUUUAUGAACUUCACGUACCCCAAUAUUCCAGCGCUAUUUUUGUUGAAUUACUGGAGGAUGACGAUCAUAAAUAUUACGUUAGGGUGUAUUACUACAAAGGAAUUCCAGCGGAGCGAGUACCUGUGAAUAUCCUUGGUUGUGGUGAACUAUGUCCUUUCGAUCAAUUUGUCGCAUUGUUCAGUGACAUUUUCCCCACUGAGGAGGACCUGAAAUGUCCAAAGGGCAAUAUGGUGAAAAUGUAUAAAUAAUUGUGUUCCAAUUUUGGUCUUGAUAAUAAAAUGGGAUUCUAGAGCAAG